AUUUAACCCGACGAGUGAAAUGAGUUGUAAAUGAAUCGGGUCCGUAGAGUAGCCUUAUAUUAUCUGAUCCCGUUCGGCUCGUUUUGGUCCCGCGGUAACCCGGUUCACCGCCACCUCGCACACGUGUACACAUUAGCACGUGUGCCACCACCGCCUCUUCAAUCUUCCGCGCGAAUAGCGUAGGCGUCGGAAACCUCUCUCUCUCUCUCUCUCUGAAAUAUCAAUCCAAGCAAGCGAGGGAAAUGACAUGGCGAGCUACCCUUUUUUCUCAGAAAAGAAGGGCGUUUUUCCAUGGAAUCAUCUUCCAAACUCUUCCUCUCACCUUCUCUUCUUCUCCUUUCAACCCUCAAAUAUCAGCCCUUCGCUCCGAAGAAGAAGAAGAACCUCAAAUUCAAGAACAAUCCAACCACUCCACCACCAGCUGCUGUUUAUCUUAUCGGAUCGAGAAGCUUCCUCGAGGUGAAUCGGUCGUCUCCGCUUUCCAGAGCUGGAUGUCCGAUGGGCUCCCGGUCCACCGCGGCGACAUCUUUCACGCCGUUAAUCGCUUGAGGAAGCUCAAGAUGACCAAACGCGCCUUACAGGUAAUGGAAUGGGUGAUUAGAGAAAGACCCUAUAAGCUGAAAGAACUCGACUACUCUUUUCUACUGGAAUUCACGACUAAGCUUCACGGCAUAUCACAUGGAGAGAGUCUCUUUACCUGCAUCCCUCCUGAGUUCCAAAACGAGCUGCUCUACAACAAUCUUGUAUUGGCCUGUUUGGACAAGGGCGUGAUUAGACUCUCAUUGGCAUACAUGAAGAAGAUGAGGGAACUGUCACUCCCCAUCUCUCACUUGGUUUUCAACCGCUUGAUAAUCCUCCAUUCCACACCAGGGCGGAAGAAAAGAAUCCCGAGAAUCCUUACUCAGAUGAAGGCUGACCAUGUGGCUCGGCAUCCAUCCACAUACAACAUUCUCUUGAAACUAGAAUCGGAUGAACAUAAUAUUGAAGGAUUGGCAAAGGUUUUCAAUGAAAUGAAGCAAUCAAAAGUUGAGCCGAAUGAGAUUACUUACUGCAUAUUAGCAACUGCACACGCCGUGGCAAGGCUGUAUGCUGUAUCUGAGGCAUAUGUUGAAGCGAUCGAGCAGUCCAAAACAGGUGACAACUGGUCAACGCUUGAUGUUCUACUUAUCUUAUAUGGGUAUUUGAGGAAGGAGAAGAAGCUAGAGUGCACAUGGCAGGUCGUGCAAAAUCUUCCACAUGUGAGGUACAAAAGCUUCGUACUGGCCAUCGAAGCGUUUGGGAGGAUCGGCAAUCUGAGUAGAGCCGAGGAGCUUUGGGCAGAAAUGAAGUCGAUAAAAAAGUUGAAGUUGGCGGAGCAGUUCAAUUCUAUUAUAUCGGUAUAUUCCCGACACGGGCUCAUUGAUAAAGCAUCCGAGCUGUUCACGGAAAUGGAGCUGCAUUGCUGCAAGCCGAAUGCGAUAACGUAUCGGCAUCUCGCAUUGGGUUGCUUGAAAGCGGGUUUGGUAGAGGAAGCAUUGAAGACUUUGGACGUGGGAACGGAUCAGACCACGAGCACUUGGGUUCGGAGAUCGACACCGUGGUUGGAGACUACCCUUUUAAUGGUUGAAAUUUUCGCUGACAUGGGUGAUGUAGAGAAUGCAGAGAAGUUGUUCUCGGAGUUGAAGGAAUCGAGGUAUAGCAGGUAUACCUUUGUAUACAAUGCGUUGUUGAGGGCGUACGUGAAGGGUAAGGUGUAUGCUCCAAAUUUUUUGAGAAGGAUGAUUCUAGGAGGUGCAAGGCCUGAUGCUGAGACCUACAGUCUUGUGAGGCUUGUGGAACAGUUUAGGACCUGACAGUGCCUUCUGAUGUGGACCGGCGGAAGAAGUGAAAGCAAUUGGUGGGUGGCUGCUUUUUUCUUGCAGUGCCGUUAAGCAUGAAAGAGUGCUGUUAAUGGGACUCAACUUGCAGCUCACACGUGCCGUUGUGUCACUUGUGUGAAUUCCAUGUUCAUCAGGUGGCACCUACACGGUUGAUGCUCUGGCAUAGCCCUCAUCAAAUGGGCUGCAGGAGCAAAAGGACCAGUCAAAAAUGGUCGACAUUCAACAUACAGGGGUGUCUUACCAGAACCACUAGAAAAUUCACUGCCCAACGAUGAGUGGAUGAGCCUCAUUUUCGGACCAGGGUAUCACCAUGGUGGGUGAACCAGAUUAGCGGCUCAUUUACGAAUUGCGUGCCUGCUCGCAUAUCUCAACUAGAUAAUGGGAGCGAAAUCUCAAUCUUAUAGUUUGAGAAGCAGAAAACCUGGAAGCUUUAUUAACUCGAGUGGAAAUAAGAAAAUGGAAAGAACGAUAAUUGUGGGAGAGCAUGCAGGCACCAUAGGCUCCUUUGCAGAUGUUUGUGUAGAAGUCAUUAAUUUACAAACCUGAAUCUGUAAUUUUCCCACUUGAUCGUAGUUGGAACAUUUAGUUGCUAUUUGGGCUGAAGCUGGUUAUUACAUUCCAGAGAAUCUAUGCCCUUCAUGCGAACAUACGAAGGCACAAGGAAAAUUAGGUGCUUGGAUAUUCAAUGUUUACCACAACUGAAAGUCAUGAACACCAAGUUCGCAGUUUGAUUUGCAUCCAAUAAUUGCUACAAGGGUCUUGAAGUUAUAGUGGAGUAGUUCAACAUUUCGAAAUGAUUUCUAUUGUACGUGGAUCUCAUCAAGCCCACCAUAUAUAUACAUUGGAUUGAUCUAUCAAGCCCAUUUGCUCAAUUGGAUGGUGCUUUGUGCCUUGACAUUGAGGCUGUUGGUGGCUCAAUUGCAACUUACCAAGAACUGUAUAGAUCGGAUAAGCUGAAACCAGUUUGCGGUUCGUGGUGAUGUAAUUUUGGUAACUAUCAUCAACACUCAAUUUUCUAGAGCUAUGUUUUUUUCUUUUCUUUUCUUUCCUUUCCUUUCUAUCUUAGGAAAUCAAAGAGCUAAUAUAUCUAUUUGCAUCUUCCUGUAUCUGAUAUUAGCUUUUUUGUAACUUUACAAUAUUAAAUGCUUGAAUUACACAAAUGCAUUUAUAUUUA